AUGGUGGAAGACAUCAAGACCAAAAUCAAGAACUACCAGGCUGCCCCUUUUGAUAGCUGCUUCCCCAACCAGAACCAGACCAGGAACUGCUGGUGGAACUACCUGGACUUCCACCACUGUGAAAAGUCAAUGUCUGAUGCUAAAGGGGGUGAUGUCUCCGUGCGUAAAGGACACCGGCAUGUGUACAAGUCCCUCUGCCCCAUAACCUGGUUGUCAGCCUGGAAUGACCACCAAGCAGAAGGCAUGUUUCUUGGGAACAUCUGA